AGAAGAAGACGCGCAGCGAGGCAUCACGGACCGCGACGACCAUGUGCAGGACGAGCCAGUACAAUCUGGCGCCGUGGUCAUUGUCCGAGAAAGGAUGAUAUCAAAUGCAAAAAUGUCUGGGUCUGGAAGGAUCCGAACUUGUGAUGCGAAUUCCACUACACGCGCAAAUCUCUCAUGCAAAGGCAGCAAAAGGUGCCUAUUUCCUGUCACCAAAAACAGGGACUUGUCAUGCCGAUUAAGCAUUGCGGAACGUUCUCGAAAUCUGUGAUGCUAGGGUUUCCAUAGCAGACCUUCUGUGUCAUGCAAAAACAGCAUGACAAAAAUCUGCAUUCUUCCAGACCCAGACACUUUUACACUUGAUAGAUGAUCCCACCUAGAGAGGAGGAACAUGAGUACGACCUACAACAACAUCGUAGGGAGCAUUCUGGCCGGGUAACUAUCUUGUGUAAAAACGUCCCCACACCAUAGUUGUCAUGCAAAUCUGCAUGCUUGAAAUGUUUCUCAUGCGAAGCCCCAUGAGAAGCAUUUUCUAAUGGUGUUUUGAAAUUUGUCAUGCUCCAAUCAGCAUGAGAGACUAGAUCUGUAGUGCUGCUGAACUAGCUCAAACAGCACUACACUACGCGUCCAGAUUUGUCGUGCGAAACAGCCAAAGCUUGUGGAUUUGUCUAGCCGAUUCCCCAUCUUGACUAUGGGGUGGGUACGUUUUUACAUAGGAUAGUAACCGAGUUUCCGUCUGUCGACGACCUCCCCCCGUUGAGCGACUCGACUACACGACUGCCCCCGGCCUCUCAUCUUCCCCCCACCUGCUUCUCGCAAGCUGUGGUGUCGCGACGCAACUCCGAGCUUCCCGUACUACCCUACAUGCGCAGGAGGACUAUGCGGCACACGUCGCUCUGCUUGGCGCGAAGUUCAUUCGCUGAAGUCGAAGGUGGAAGCCCCGUUCCCACACUGACACUGGCGCGGGAUUCUGUACGACCAGAUGAAGCCAUUUAAUAUUUCCUUUUCCCCGCGGCGUUUGCAUUAUUACACGUUAACUUUUUCGAGGACAAUGCUAAUGCAUGCGGCUGACGGCGCGAAAUCGAAAUGCAAGAACUGCCAGGUACUUGACAAGCAAGACAAGCAAUCGAAGUCGACGUCUUUGAUGCAGCUAGAAGAGCAUCUGACGCGAGCAUGAGGCAGCUAGAAAAACGGGUAAAAGUGGAGUUUUCAUCUGCAUAGCUUCUUUGGGGAAUUACGACGCCUUCGAAUUGGGGCACCCCGUGCGACAGCAUGCGGAAUCGCCGCAGUGGAAGAUCGUCCUCUACCUCUUCGUAUCUAGGAGGUCGCUUUAAUCCAAUCCCGCCCAAACUGCAAUCGCGAAAAAGUAGUGGAACACAAAAUCCCGGCCUCACCGUGGCUGCUGUGCCUUUCACUCAACAACAAAAUCACGAGCAGAUGAUGCCUGCGUCGGGACCACCCGCCGGAAACGGCGGCUUACCUGCUGCACCCGCGACCGGCUUGCUGCAACUACCAGAUUAUAGUUCGACCUGCAAAAUAAAUACAACCGCGGACGAUAGACGGCUACCCUCCAACAGCGGCGUCUCAUCUCCGCAGGUCACGAUGCCUGCUUUCGGUGCAGCUCUGUCGCGAGGAGCUAGUGACGACUUCCCCUCGGAACAAUCAUCCGCCUUGUUGGUUCUGCCUCC